AUCGCCCACGUCCUGAGCCGCUGCGGAGUGUCGCUGCAGAACGCGCGGACUGGUCACUGGCACCGCAGCUCCGGGCGCCCUCUCUCUCUCUCUCUCUCACACACACACACACACUCCCCCCACCGCAGCACAGAGAUGUCUGACUACGCGAUCAGUUUCAUGAAGGACUUCCUGGCCGGCGGGGUGGCCGCUGCCAUCUCCAAGACCGCAGUGGCGCCCAUCGAGAGGGUCAAACUGCUGCUGCAGGUCCAGCAUACCAGCAAGCAGAUCACAGCAGAAAUGCAGUACAAGGGGAUCAUAGACUGCGUGGUUCGGAUUCCCAAGGAGCAAGGAUUCAUCUCCUUUUGGCGCGGGAACCUGGCCAACGUGAUCAGGUAUUUCCCCACCCAGGCUCUCAACUUCGCUUUCAAGGACAAGUACAAGACAAUUUUCCUGGGGGGAGUUGAUCAGAAAAAGCAGUUCUGGCGUUACUUUGCUGGUAACCUGGCGUCAGGAGGGGCGGCUGGAGCCACUUCCCUGUGCUUUGUGUACCCGCUGGACUUCGCCAGGACCCGGUUGGCAGCUGAUGUGGGCAAAGGCGCCAGCGAGCGAGAGUUCACCGGUCUGGCCAACUGUCUGAGCAAGAUCUUCAAAUUGGAUGGCCUGAAAGGGCUGUACCAGGGCUUCAGCGUCUCUGUCCAGGGGAUCAUCAUCUACCGGGCCGCUUAUUUCGGAGUGUACGACACUGCCAAAGGAAUGAUGCCGGAUCCCAAGAACGUGCACAUUUUCGUGAGCUGGAUGAUCGCCCAGUCUGUGACUGCAGUUGCUGGUCUUGUGUCCUAUCCAUUCGAUACCGUCCGUCGUCGUAUGAUGAUGCAGUCAGGUCGUAAAGGAACUGAUAUUAUGUACAAGGGCACAAUGGACUGCUGGAAGAAGAUUGCAAAGGAUGAAGGAUCUAAAGCUUUCUUCAAAGGUGCUUUGUCCAAUGUGAUAAGAGGAAUGGGCGGUGCUUUUGUACUUGUAUUAUAUGAUGAAAUCAAGAAAUAUACUUAAGGUUCAAAAGACCACUGACGAUUAUUCAAAGUUAGAAACCUGUAAUAUAUUGUAACAGAACACUGUUUUUAACAACUGACCUUGUGGAAACCUGUCGGUAGGUCUGAGUAUAAGCAGUUGUAAGUUGGGGAGAUACAACAGAUAGGAAAAUUAUUUAUAUUUUAAGAGUCACUUUUUAGCUAUGUCAGUCACAUACACAAUUCCUUAGCCUUUUCCAAGGAAAUGACCUACUUUAUAAACAUGGUUAUCAGUAUUAUUUUCAGGAGAUGGAAGAUGGAGAUGAAUUCUAUAUUUAAGACAUGUGGUCCAGGUUAUACAGAUAUGUAUAUUGUUGAGCAUCGUCUCUUACCAAAUCAAAUGUAUCUAUUAAGACUGCUAAUACAUAGUUUCCAAUAAAAAAUCCUGUCUUGAAUU